AUGUCCACCUCGGUCACCCCAAUAAUAACAACAAUCCCGGACAAUGAGACGAUACAAACAACCGAUGCGCCUGAACUGUCCGAGCUCAUUUUCAAAUCAGAUGUUAUAUGGUUGAUGUUCACGACUCUGAUGACAGGUCUCUGGAUUCUGUAUCUCGUUUAUUAUAACUCACGUAUGUUCGGGUUUGUGCUAACCAGGAUUAUUAAUAAAUUUGUAACAGGUGGAUACGUUAAAAUAGGUUCAUUUUCUGUGUCGUUGUUGUCGGGUAAAGUUAUGUUCCGUGAUUUCCAUUUUAUGAAUGAAGAUUUCUCCCUAAGAGUACAGGAUGGCUGGGCUAUAUUUAGGUGGUGGAGGCCAUACAAACCUAUGCCAGACCAAGCUGAUAUGUCGCAUGCGGAGACCAGGCUAAAUAUAUUACUGAAUGGUUUGGAGUAUCACCAAUACAACAGAUCUACACUCUUCAGUCAGAUUGAAAAGAAGUUCGGACUUGAGCCUACUAUGAUACCAGAAAGUGAAAAAGAACGUAAAGAAGCAGCGAAUCAGAAAAGACAUGAGCAGACGGCAGCUAUUCGUAAACAAAGCAAAGAUGUGUCCUGGAGAGACUUAAUACCUGUCAUUAAAGUAGAUGUAUCAACGGGAAGAGUAGUGUUUGGUAAUCGUCUUGUACCCACUACGUUGACUGUUAGUUUUGAAGAUGCCCAUAUUAUGUACACAACAAAGCAGGCUUCCACGCCAUUAGACCAAUUCAUGCAUAGCGUCAAAUGUAACGGCGAGAAUGUCAGACUCAUGUUUGCACCAAGUCCAAAAUUCCAGGGUCAAUUGGAUGAACCACCACGGUACAUGGGAGAAGGAUUUGUCAUGUUACAAUCUAAUGCUGUUGAUUUCUAUUAUUAUUGGGAUGAACCUGGCUUGGUGCCCGAUACACUUGAAGAUUAUGAGAUAUCACCGGCACCGUGCUGGGGUAUGAACGUCAAAUGUGGUAAAGGGACUGACCUUAGCUACGGACCGUGGGCAGAUAGACAAAGGGAGUGGCUUCAUAAGUUGUUCUAUCCAGUGGAUUACCAAGACUUAGUUGUAACCAAACCUGCGCAACCCGGGGAUACCAGGCAAUCCACAAGUUUUGAUUUCAGAUUAAAUAUUAUAGCAGACGCUACUAUUGACAUAUUAUUUACAAAAUGCAAAGAAACUAACGCUAUACAUAUGAAUAUUGGUGCCGGUUCGUACAUAGAGGUCAUAGUGCCAUGGGUUGUGCAUAGUGACGGAUAUAGGACGUCUAUUACGGGGCAGUUAUUACAUGUAGAUUCAUCCACAAGUUUACAGUACAGGUCUUUCAUUGAGAGUGAAACAUUGCAGUUUUCAGUGAAUGUGCACUACCCUAUGAUUUGGAAUCACCAUCAGACGUGGGAAUGUGAUUUGACAUUCUGUAAAGGAACAUGGUUUUUUAUUUAUCAACAUAAAACUUUUCUCCUAGAUUUAAUGAAUGAUUGGUCAAGUAAAAGUAAACCUGAUCUGUUGUCAUUUACACCCUAUACGUGGCAGUUCAAUCUUGUUUUCAAUGAAUUUGAAUUAAUUCUUCCGUCAAAUUUAUACAACUGGAUUGACUGUUCAUCUCAGAAUCAAGAGAAUGUUUUACUAGCGAUAUGCGGUGAGCAUUUUGAUAUAUCCUUCAAUCUACCGUUUUCUGACUUCUUGCCUGAAACCGUACCGAUCAAGUUUUGGAUCGCAAUUGAGAAUGCUGACUUGCGGAUUUUCAUACCAGAAUGCGCCACCAGUCGACAUGUAUUACUAGCGUUGGAUAGAUCCUGUAAGGAGGCUGUUGAGAGAAUGAAGUGUAAGGAAAUGACUGAUAAUAGUAACACAUCUAAUAAGAAGAUGAAGUCCAAAUGGAGGAAUGUAACUCAAGAAAGUACUGGUUGGAUUGAUUGCCUGUCCGUACCUGAGGCCUCGUUGAAUCUCGGCUACACGUACUAUCCUCUCCCACCGAAUGAUGACCUACCAAUGAAAGUAGCGCCCUCUAUAGACAGUACAAUAGCAGGAACAUCAAAGGACACUAAAGUGGCUGUUGGUAUGUUAGUAGAUCCAAGUACACUGCCACCAGACGUCAUAAGUGUGGAAUUUGACAUGGGUCCUUCUGAACUCUUUGUUUAUGGUUCUAUUCUUAGACACUUUUAUUUCCUAAAGGAGAAUUUUUUCGGUGAAGAUCAGAUGUUUACAGAUCUUAGCAGCAGUUGCCCAUCGCAGUCCAUGUCACCAUCCAGCAGUGUUGCCGUGGAUAUAACUGAUAAAACAGAUGACGAGAACAUCAAUCCACUUACUUUGCGACCACUAUGUGUCACUGUAUCAGCCAGCAUAACCAAUGUCAGAGGUUACUUCCCAAAGCACUGUGGAGAGAAAGAUGGGAUGAUUCCUGUGGCUCACCUUGAACAGCUGUGCUUUGAAAUGCACAAAACCUACCGAGAAACCAAACUACAGUUGUUACUAUCACCUGUCACAAUACUAAUGGCUGAUACCUAUCAGUAACGACCAGACUCAGACAUCCAUUUAAAAGAAGGUCACUUAACCUUGUCAGGUCUACAGGUCAGAGGUCAUGCCAUGUUUUCUGGUGAAGAUUUACCACCAACAAGUGAGACAUUGGAAUAUGCCUGGUUGGUGGAAGUUCAAGUAGGAUCAGUCAGCGGUAAAGUUACCUUACCACAAGUGAGUUGUCUGCUUAAUAUUCAGUCACUUGCCAACUUUGCUCAAAUGUUUGUCUUUCUGGCACUGAAUUCUGAGAAUACCUUCCAACCUCCUCUGCCAUACAAAAAAUGCCAACACGAUGCACCUCAACAUUUAUGCACUAGAGUUGAUGCAAAUUCUUCAUUACCAUGUCAGUUGGUGGAAGACGUCAAAUAUGAAAUGACCAGGGUUUCAUUGGAUCAUAUUGAUCUCUACUUGGUGGAUACAGGGUCCGCAUGUCAUUUUCAGCUUUAUCCUCUCCGAAUAGCUACAUGUAAUCUACAUGGUAUUAAUACUGAGAAGGGAGUCACUGUAAUGAUACGCAACAUAGAAAUGAAACAAUACAUCGCUCACAGUAGUGACAAUUAUGACAACCAUUCAGAUUAUGAAACAUGGAUAGAAGCCGGUGGUGUCUCCCUCGGGCCAAUUGUCAUCGACGCUGCUAUGCCACUUUCGCAUCCGCAGCUGCACCAGUUACAGGAAAAGUUUCUAAACCUGCACGACAGGAAAACAAAACGAUUGUGGUUUUUGUGGCCAAUGGAUAAUACUGUAUUCAACCCAGAAGUGAUCGGGAAAUGUGGCUGCCUGGGUGGAUGCAAGUUUUUUGGGAAUAACAGCAAUGGUGUAAAUUUCUUUGACAAGAAUAAAUUUUCUCCAAACGGGGGCCAGUCAGAUACUCUGUUCACUGUGGUACCAGGAGAGGAAGGUGACCAGAGUUAUGCAUAUGGGCAGAGUCUACUGGAAGAGGGACAACUUGUUUUUGCUGUGUGUGAGAGAAGGAGAAGUCCGGAAGGCUCGCCAACAAGACCAAAUUUCAAAUUUACCCCAGGCUAUGUACAAACUUUCAGUCCUCAAGCAAGAAGUCGUGGCAGUAGUAGUGCAAGUGCUAGAGUCCCAGCAUCAGGCAGGCAUGGCUCACAUGGCUUGGUGCAUAAGAUGUCCACACAAGCAGAAGUCACUGAUCAGACACAUGGUGGGAGGUCUUCAGAAACUCAACACAGACAGGCCAGUAGGGAAUCUAGUCUACGAUCUAAAUCGAGUAUUCACAGCUCGGGGCAUGACUUACAUGUGAAAUACCUAGGUGGGCAACCACCUCUGGUUGGCAGCUGCCAUAGUUUACCAGUGGAGGCCUUAUAUUGGGACAAGUCUGCUCAACACAUCAGGCACCAUAGCUUUGACAUGGGGGAGGUGGAACAAAUGGCAAGUCCUGUUGAGGAAUCUAAGAGCUCUGUACACUUUUCAUUGGAUAGCCAAGAUGGCUUACCAUCUGAGAAAGCCAGGGCAUCAAGAUCAAAACAAUCUGUUGGAAGUAGAGUUAGCGGCCUUCCACCUCGGGGAUCACUUGGACAGAUCAGACAGACCCAGUCAGAGACAUCUUUAGCUGAGAGUGAUUUUUUUUCUGCCAGUGAAGAUGGCAGCUACACUCCUCCAUUUUCCAGUGAAGAUCGGUUUAGUAGUCUAGCUAGUCAGAAGUUGAUGCAAGAGAUAAUGGGACUUUCUGCUCCUGGUGCUCCAGUUGUGGAUUUAGAGGGAGAGUAUGAGAGUGAUAGCCCCUCUACAAGUCAGUCAGAAAGCAUUUUCGUCACUGACAGUGAACCAAAAUCAAAGUCCACGUCUACAUCAUCAGGGCUCUCGUUUGUCUCAGCGGUUUCAUCGCCAACUGAUUUACUCCCUGAGCAUCUAGAACAGGCAGAGAUUUUUACCAGAGGUGCAGCACUGAUUGGCGAGCCUAUGACAGAAUACCCUGGACUCAUGUCAUGCUAUGCCAGCCAUCUUUCACAGAUGCAAUGUGAUUACUGGCAAACACUACCUCCAUCUCAACAACUAGCCUCUAGAUCUUCUUCCAACGCAAGAACAUCAUUAGGGAGUGUGGCUUCGUAUGAAAGUAUCCAGCUGCCACUGUAUACCCUUCACCAGAAAGGCCUUGGCAUUCGACUAUUACAUGACAAGCUGUCUACAACUAGGGAUAACUAUGAUGGUUCUCUGAGUGGUUUUGAGUCUGAUUCAGAGUCGGAGUCGGAUACAUUGGUAGGACUUUAUAGGAAGGUGGUCUACCAGAAGCGGCCAGAAAACAUAGCUGAACAAGAUGAAGAGGAGGUAACUAAUGAACCACUGACUGAAAGUGAUGAGUGUAAAACCAGAGCCAUUGUACAGGUCAGAGGAUCUGUAGAUGCCAUGGUGUCACCUCUCAUGGUAGAAGCUCUACAAAGAUAUGUUGAAUCACUGACACCACAAGUCAGCAAUAUUCAUCCAUCAACUCUGCUAGAUAAUCUACAUUUUAAUUGCCUUGGUGAAGUGAAAGACCAUCACAAGAUAACCACUGAUGACUGUUCAAGUCCAAGUCCAAAACAUGAAGAAAAAGAAGACUCUCCAACAACAGGGUCUACUGUGGCAUCAAAUGCCAGUAAAGUAUCAAGUAUUCAAGUAUUUGUCUCUCUAGCUAGGGUCAAUCUGUGCAUUUUCCAGGCUUCUUUAGAAGAAACAUGUCUACCAGCGUACCCAGGAAACGUUCGUCAGAAAUCAUUUGUUUCACUGUUAGCUUUAUCGGCUGAUAAUAUAAGUGCCGAUUUACUGAUGAGAGACAGAUCCUUCAAAGCUUUACCUGCUGGACAUCAUGAAUCACCGCAGUCCACGUCUGGUGGUAAGAAACAUGAUGAGAAUCGAGUCAAGUUUCAAGGAUCCGGUGAUUUACUUGAUGAGAUCCAGACUGAAGAGUUAGCUGCGCAAGUGCAAGUUGCUAAAUUGCAUUGUCAGUUCCGGAAAUUACCAACACCGGAUGAAGACCUGUCAAAAGUUGUUGUGACUGCCGUGGCCGAGGAGCAGUCCAAAGUUAUGUUUGCAUUUGAUCCAGCCAGUUCAAGCUCUUACGAACAAGGUAGAUGGAUUAAGCGAUGUCGGUUUGAUUCUGUAGAAAGUGAUGACUCUGUUUAUUCAAAAGAAGAAAAAAUAGGAUGGAUAAUGUUAGAGUGCGGGAUUGACGACAUUGGACUGAAAGCUGCGAGGAGGCUUGGCUUUGAUUCUGUUGAUGAAGAUAUAACAUUAAUCAGUAGUCCGCAGCCUACAAAUGUUGACUCUUGCCCAAGGACCAGACCUGUCUAUAAAGCCAGCACAGCUAAAUCUAACCAACCAAAAGCGAAACCGAAAUUCUAUUUCCAUAGCAACGAUGCUAGUUCUGAUGACACCAUAAAAGGUGAAGAUUGUGUUGAUGACGAUGUGGCUAGCAGCGACGAUUCAGUACGGUCAACGAUUUCAGUUUCUACGCCUGAAGUUGUUGAAGAAACAAGUAAUGAUGAGCCAAGGGAUCUGCCAGGAAGUUCUUCAAAUUGUGUAUUCACCAUCUCUACUGUUUGGUUUAAUGUUCCAUCUCCGCCUAAACAAAGCUAUGCUGAGAUUACCAGUGGACUAGUGUUACUUUUUAGGUUUGAUAGUAAUCUACUGAGUACGGCCACACCUGCAAUCAAUGCAUGGUUGACUCCAGUAGAUCAGCUAACGGCCGCACUGAAUAACUUGACUAAAGCUCAGCAUCAAAGAAUAUGUGGCAUCAUGGCAUGCAUCAUGGCAGAGGCGUUGGAUUUGCAGAGUAUACAUGAACCUUGCAAGAGUAAAUACAACAAGAUUACAUCAUGGUCCAAACGUUUACAAGAGGAUCCAUCAUGCCAACUGGUCACUGUUCUGAGAAAGUACUUACAUCAAUGCGAUAUACAAAACAUUGAGGAAGCAGUAGCAUCGGGUGUGAUUCCAGCAGUCAGCUCAUUAGAGAAAGGAAUUCAUGCAUUAAUAAGACAGUGGAAAGUGACAUUAGUUGCCCCGGGCGUGGCAGAUUUUGGAAUGCUGAGCAGAAAGAGUGUGUUUUAUCCACCACCAUACUUAACAUACCCGGUUCCUCCAUCCUAUUUAGACUCACAGAAUCUUGGAAGAGAUAUCAGCACGCUUGGAGUUAGUGAUGCAGAUAUGAAUGAAGCUACUGGUUUACUAAGUAGAUACAGUACUCUUGAUGCUGAUAGCCAAGCUGUUAGACAAAGGAAUUCAGUUCCUCUUUCUGGGUCUCUUGGUCCCUCGCUCAAGCCUGAGUACAAGCUGACCUAUGAAGAGUUCUCAACUAGAAGAAGGCCAUCGCAGACCUUAGGCGCGCCAGUAUUGCAACCCGCAAGCAGUGCUUUGCUGAAGGAUAUUGCAUCUGAAUCACCUAGCAGGGUUCAAUCGCAGGGGUAUGCUGGUUCUCAUCAUUCAUCAAAUGCGCUGAUAGCUGAUGCAUCGCAUGUGGCUUCGUUCUCCAGGAAGGAGAGCAAUCCCAGUAUGUCUGCAAGUGGGGGAAGCCUGGAUCCCAAUUUACCUUCUAGUAUUUAUGGAACCCCUCGACAUAAAUAUUCCACAACCAUGAGCAGUUCACAAGAAGCUGGGGUGCAGACAUGGGUGGGGCAUGAAAGGAGAGGAGAAAGUGUUGGCAGCACUGACCAGUUUUCAGCUGUGAAUCCCAUGUACAGGCCACAGAAUCCAUUCGAUGUAAAUUACCAUAGCGAUGCAAAGCAAGGUUUAGAUUCUAAUGCCACCACAUUGACAAGUUCAGCCAAAGAUGAGUUUAUUCCAAUUCCUCCCAAAGUCAAUAUGUCUCCACCAGCCAUUCAGCUUGCUGAUGCCCAACUGUUGUUCAAACCACUCUUGACCAACAUGGGUUUAAAAGUUACAACAGGAACUGAACCAUCCAAGUUGAGUGAAAAGUAUGGAGACAUAUCUGUGGCAUGCAAAUUUGACUGUAUAAGAGCAGAUAUAAUUGAAACUGAUAGUAGAGUAGAGGAAAGGCCACAAAGCAAGCCAAGGGGUAAGCGUAAACAGAAAAGAGGAAUAUUCUUUCAAGUGGAACCUGAAUUGCCGGCAUUUAUAUGUGAGAACUUCAUUAUUGAAUCAACUGUACGAGAUGUUUUCAAUAAAGAACAGACAGAUGACAGCACACCACAUAAGCGCAGACAUCUUCUACCUUCAGAGGAAGACAUUGAAAGGCCCACCAUUGAGGUUCAUUUCACUCUGAAUAUAAAUGAAGUUACACAGAAUAUAAACAUGUCACUGUUGCGGUUGAUGACCCAAGUGAUGGCCAUGGUUGACAAUGUGAAGCAAACAAGGACUGAUCUAAAACUUAACAGGUAUACUGCCAGUGCAAUGUCUGGGAGUGUGAGGUAUAAAACUAGCAAAAAUAAGCGUACUGAUUCUGACCGGGAUGAUUCUAAGAAGAGAAGAUCAUCAAGGGUGGAAAGGAAAAUUAGUCAAAUCAGCCACACAAGACAACCAAGUGUGUCAACAUCAAUCAAAAGUACUAUCACAGACAGUGAUAUAUCCGAGCAAGGUAGUGAUGGUAUUCCUAAAUGCUGGCAGACUAUGUACCAUCUUCUAGACUUGUAUUCCACAAUGCCUGAUCCUGGUGCUUAUAGUCCACAGAAUGUCUUUGUAAAUCCUAUGUUCUUCAUCAAUUCAACUCAAGAAAAAGAGAAAGAUUCUACUCAGAGUCAGGCAGAGGAACAUGUCAAAUCUGGAGAAGAUUCCGGAAGCCAAGAGGAAGUUAGAGAGCAUCGAGUAGAGAUUGAACCUGAUGCUGACCAGAAUGAUGGUGAAUUGCAAUCACCGACUACAUCUCAAAGACCUAGACCCUUAGCAGUUAAAGAACAUACACAUAUGCAUGUCUUUGGUGUAGCAAUGAUCCAGAAGACCAGAUUACUAGCCACGCUAGGUGGGCUGAAUCUAGAAGCUGAGCUUAGAAAGAUUCAUGGCAGCAUAAAUCACAAAGUUAAACGAAAAGGGGCUUCACGUCGAAGAUCCAUGGAGUCAUCAGCUUCAGUUCAUCUUUCAAAAGCUCUUGUGGUUCUUCUGGAAAAAAUAGAUUUUGAAACAAAGACUAUUGUGAAUAUUGAUGUUAAAAAGUCCAAUGGUUUGUAUUCAGCUAGUAGUGGAAGAGGCAAAGAGAAAGCAGCUUCAGUGUUGUCAGUAGGUGCGGUUAACAUUGACAUUCCACAACAUCCAGCUAUUCUUCAUGGAAUGGUUGCAAGGAGUACUAAGAAACUGUCAUCACAGAUACAGCAGCUGAAAAGACCCAUGAUAUCCAAGUCAUUUGAUGUUGUUGAGGGUGUGGCACCUUCUAUGCCAGCUCCUCCACUGACAUCUGCUGCAAGGGCUGAACCAGGUGAUGAUAUGACACCCACAACUGAACUGCCUCAGCUGUCAAGCCACACCUUGACUAAACCAACUAAAAUGACAUUCAAAGUACAGAUGAAAGAGAUUGCUAUUGGGGCUGCAAUAUUGCCUUCUCUUAGGGCACAGUAUAAAAUUGGUAGAAUAUUCAGUUCUGGUAUCACUGGAGAUGAGGCACAGUUUUCUUUAGUGCUCCCAAGUCAUGCUCUCAGCUUUUCAUCUAAGGUGUCAAUAUCAGAAGGUAACUUUCCAUCUUCAGCAUCAAUUGACUUUCCACCUAUUGAGUUUAAAGGUGAAUAUAAGACUGAAGAGAGGAUGAUUAACCCAGGGCUCAUGGGACUUCCGGGUAAGCCAAUAGUUAGGUAUGGAACUUACUUAGAUGCAGUGGCAAAAGUUGGAUCAUUUGAGCACAGUCUGACAACUGAUCUUCUAAACCAUCUGAUAUUUGUUCAGAAAGUUUUUGUAAAAGAAGUUGAAGAAGUGGUACAGAAGAUGUCUGAUGAGGAAAAGCCUGUUCCAUUGUGGUCUGAACAUGGAAUUCCAAUAAGUGCUGAUAAGAGUAAACCUGUACUCUUCUCUCUUCAUUUCAAGCUUGAUGGAAUUCAAGUCACGGCUACCACACCAUCAACCAGUGCAGUCAGGUUUGAGACUGGUGCUAUAGAACUGGAGCUUUCCAAUAGAGUCCAGGGUACUUUUGGAGUGAGUGGCCUUAAACGAGCCAAUAGCAAUCUGAAGCUGUUUGGUAAGGCGCAAGUAGAUCUUAAUCUAGCAUUAGGAGAACUUGUGCGAAACCAAGUGUUUGAAGAAGCAGAGCCAGAGUUUCAACAGAUGGCGUACUUCAAGACCCGCAUCGGCCUUCGAAAUGCUUUGCAAGAUGAGAUCAGCUCUGCUGAAGAAGACAAAGAAGCUGUGCUGAUAUCUCUAAAACGACCUCUGUUUUACGUACAGCCAAUUGCCUUUGACAAAGCAGUGCUAGUGUAUUUAAAUUACAAAAAUGCUUAUGAAAAUUGGCAUGAACAAAUAAUUCUAAACAAAGAGGUGCAGACAGCUGCACAAGCAGUGUUUGAAAGGCUGCCAUACAUUCCACACAUUCCCCAACCAGAUGUCAAAACCCUUGGAACACUGUUUCUACAGUUGACAGUAGACGAUCUUGGUAUAUGUAUGCCAAUGACAUCUGUGUUGCAGGCUACUGCACCUACUAGUAAGAUUUUUGAUACAGAACAGGGUUCAGCUCUAGUACUGACAUUAGAAAGUUCUCUUAUUACUGCUUGUUCUUCUGGAUCUCUGGUUAGCAAAGGUAUUUUCAAAGGCUUCUGCCUUAGAUUUGCAGAGGAUUUUGAAACUUCAUUAGAUGACUGGAAACCAGAUGCAAGCUUGGAGAUCAUCAUGAAUGCUUGUACUGUGCCAGAAGGAACAUAUGAAGUUUGUUCCAGGACUACAAGGAAGACUGAAGCAGGUGAACAUCUUCAGUCAGUUGGAAAGUGGAUUCUCAGUAUUUUAUGGAAGAUGCAGGGCAUUGAUGUCCAAUUGGAUACCCGUGUUGGUCAUAGUUUGUCAGCAUUGUUCGGAACUCUAACCUCAUUUACAGGUCAUGCAGAAGAUGAUGAUAUUGCGGAUUUGAACUCUGUCAUGGAAAAUCCAGAAGAUCAAGUGUUUGCCUCGAGCACUGAGGACAUCUCCACAGUCAAGAAAGCUCUUUCACCCACAAUAGCAUCUGAAAUGCAUUCACAGUACCCGGACUUUGAUCCUAAACAAAGAGCAUUAAUGAUCGAGAAGGAAAUGAAUGAACAAGCUAAAGUUGUUAAAGACCUACGAGACCUUGGUGCCAGCAGUGUCACUAUUGAAGAAGAAACAAAACACCUUCAAGAAUUAGAAGCAGCUGUCUUUAAAGAUUUCCGGCGAGAUGUUAGAAAGAAACUUCGGAGACAAAGUGUGAGGGCUACUACCUUCAGAGAUCGCUUUGUGCCUGGUUAUAAACCAGCCACAUAUCACCGAUCAAAGUCCAUAGCUCAUCCCUCUCAGGUCACAACUGGAAGAGGAAGAAUGCGUUAUCUAGAUCCAAACAUGCUGGCCGAGUACAAUGAGGAAUUGGAUCGCCUACCAAUGGGGCACAGCAGAACCAGAUCUGAUGGAAUGCAGUUCAUUGAACCAUCAUCAAAAGUAACAUUCCACACUGAUGGGCAGUCCUCAACAGAUGGACUCUCACAGAGUUUGCAGGAUCCUGACAUUCAGGAUUUGUGGGAUGAGGAUGAUAAUUCAGUUUCUCUGAAUACGACUGUCAAUGACCCUUCCUGUAUAAGUGCACAGUUGACGAAGACUCCAUCAAAGAAAAGACAACCGAGUAAGCAGUUAUCUCUGCCAGAGAUGUGGGAUAAGGAUUCUGAUUCCAGCAAUGAAUGUGAAAGUGCCUACCUCAAACAAGCUAAAAGACGUAUAAUUGGAAACAAGGAUGCUACAAAGAAAACGGACCCACGCUCGACGAUGAUACCGACGGAAAAAUCUGUGAAACCGUUGCAAGGGUUCCCAGCACCAAAAACACAACAACCAACGUCCUAUACACCAUCUCCUGCGAAACCACUUGCUAAACCAGAAUCAAAUGUUGAUUUAGAAAUGGAUGUACAAGUGUUUAUUGAUAGUGGGAGAUUGGUAUUGCAUCCCAAUGCGAUGGAGAAUGGACAAGAGGAAGAUAAUCAAUCUAAAGGACGGCAUUCCAAGUUUGCCAAGGUGAACAUUGUGAAUGAAGUGUCAACACCACAAAAGAAAAAAAGCUGCAUAAACAGAAAUCUACACCGACUCCUGGUGGUAAUUACAGACCUGUAUUCCAAGGCACAUUACAAUUCUAAGAAUUACCAUGCUGAAGCAUCAAUGGGAAGACCUAAUUUUGGGUCACAGUUCAGUAGCGAUUCAGAAAGCAACCCGCCGACUGAUAGUGCAGAUAAUACAUCCCAGGGCAGCAAGAAAUCUGGUGUGGUCAAGAGAGCUUCAUUGUAUGCGUGGGUGUUGCUGCAGACACCACCUGAGGAGAUAGUCAUCAGUCCGUUCCUUUUAGAUUUCUUAGAACAGUGUCUUGAAACCAUUCCCAUACAAACGCCAUCCCCAACAAAAGGGGAGAGCUCAGACGGUGUUGGAAAUGUGUUCAACAUCAACGAUUUAGAAGCUUCUGCAACAUCACUGGUGUCCUCGUCCACAUAUGAUUAUGCUACGUUUCCUGUUGACAUUGUCGUUUAUCUCUGCGUACAACCCUCAUCAAUUCGUUUUAUAUGUUUACCGCUAUCGAGAGUGGAGUGUCUUCUCAAGUUACCAACCCUUGACCUAUCUCUGUCAUCACGACGAGCUCAGUCUGACACCAUGGGAUUGGCCUCAAGUGGAGAGUCCACCCAAGGCAGGAUGAGAUCGUUACUCAGAGGAACUUGCAAUACUGCUCGCACUCGCAAUAUGAGUGGUCAGCGUACCCGCACCAGUACUGCUGGAUCGGAUGUCAGCUCUACUGCUUCAUCACUGGUUGCCAGUACUAAAGAGGGUGGGCUCAGCUUCACCGCUUGUUUGUCUGAGUUCUCUCUUUUUAUAUUUCAUCCGUAUGGUGGCGCUCAUACAAAGAAAACGGGGCUCUUUGAUUUAGGGAGCAUUACAGAGAAUCCGGGAAGCUCAUUUGGCAGGAAAGAUUCCCUGAGUCUCAACGUAGAAUUUGUAAGAGUGAAUCUGUGUCGCAGUCGACUUGGAUUACCGUUACCAGCAGAUAUACACAGUAGCAGUCUUAGUCGUUCCUAUGACGCCUUGAGCAGUGGUACAUCUACGCCACACUUGCAGACGCCGCAGCAUAGCAGAGCAACAGCAGUCGCAGGACCUUCUCUCAUUAAAUUCUCCAUUGUAUGUGACAUUGGUUCAGCGUCAUUUAAAUAUGACAUGAGGAGACUGACUGAGAUACUGGCAUUCCCGAAAGCAUGGUACAGGCGUAGUAUUGCCCGGAGAUUAUUCCUUGGAGAUGAAAGUACACAUAUGAUGUAUCCGGAUAAUUUAAGUUCCUCCGAUUCGUCCAUUGACCUAAAUCUCUCAACUGGGAAUAUAUCUCCUUCCAAGCUACGAGAACGUUCCCUACGCCACAGCAUCCCAAGCACACCAUUUUCAACCAAACCAUUAUCUCCUAAAGCACUUGGCAAGAAGUCUGCUGGUGGUGUGAGUCCUACCAGUCCUACAGCUAAGUCAUUGUCAUCAUCCUCUUUCAAUUCAUCUCCUCCACCUGUUCCAUUCCGGCAAAGAUCACACACUGUCGCCACUGAUUCAUCAGCUAAGAAAGUUGCAUCAGAUACCGAAGAUGAGGACGCUGCAAAGAAGAGAGGGAAAUCGCUGCAUACGUCAACGCCAACCUCACAGACUAGCAAAGCGUCGCUGCAGUGGGAAACGUUAGUGGUGUUUGCCGUCAAUCUGACGCAUCUUGACGUACAGAUGAAUAUGAGUAACGUGAUGGGAAAUACAACAUGGUCCACUGGUGGUUUGAAAAGCCAAGGCAGAAUAUCUGUUGACUACACUGGAUACAAAGAUAUGAAAAUAUCAGCUGGCCUAGGUAGUUCAUCAUUGGAUGCCAAAGGUGGUGUGAUAGGGGUUGAUACAUUUCUUCACAUACUAGAAGAGCCAGGCAAAGAACCUCAACACAAAGCUGGGGCUAAAAUGGUGAAGACGGAGUUCCGCAUCGACUACAUGGGUUCUAGUAUAAUUAUGGCUAGACUGAAGCUCUUAGAAGUGGUAUGCAAAGACGAAUGGAAGUUGAACUUUGACACAGGCCCUGAUAAAGUUAUUAGCACAAACAGGCCGAUGUCUAUCUUCAUAAAUACGGAAUUAACAUGGGAUAAAUUCCAGAUGAUGAUAUCACGGUCAACUACACCAGACCUCAUUAAGAUCACGUACAAACUGGAAGAAUUCUUCAGUCAGCAGUUCAACAGCAGUAAAAGAGUUCUAUCCUCUCUGGAACCGAUGGCAUCUGGCAGGCGAAGCAACAGAGACAGUAUUGCUAGCAGUCAGGAAAAAAACAAUGAGUUGGAAGAGAAGAAACAUCAUCGACACUGGCCUGGUGUUGCUUCACUGAUAACUAAAAUCCGAUUAGUUAAACUCUCUCCAAGCUACCCAGAGAACAGUGCCAUCCUUGGUGGGCAUUGCAGUCUCCGUGGCAACCAUGCAUCAUUAGCUUGUUUCCAUGGCGUCAACUUCCGUGGCAAAUCCUGGGCUUUGUUCACGAUGAGGGAACCAGAGAUGUUGUUUGAAACAGAAGCUCAGGACAUUCCUUCAGUCGAUGGAGAAUCUUUGGAGACCAAUGUGAUCCAGGAUCUGAUAUUUAACCUAGGUCACAACCAGACAACCAGGGCUGAGUACCAGUCACAGUACAACUUUAUGGCAACCAUCAGUCGUAUAUCACGAGGUCGUCAUGCCAACCCACCAGCCUCUGUCAGCAGUGUACAGGAAUGGUUUCAUUAUGCUUGCACAACAGAAGGACCAGAAGAGCUUGAAUUUUUCUACCGAGAGGACGGUCAGGAACCCAGUAUGAGGAGAAGAAAAAGUCUUGAAUACAACCACGACUCGGAAACAUUGUUUGCUCUGCCGAAACUACAGUUAGAAAUGAGAACAGGUCAUCUACAGAAACCAAGACCCCCUAAAGAUGAUGGUAAGUGUCCAAUGCCAGUUGUUGAUGUGACCUUUGUAACACAGUUUGCUGAUCACAUUUGUGUUGCCAUGGAUGUUGAACUGCUUCUAUUUCUUCAUGACAUUGUUAAUGCAUACAUCAACGAGAAAACUAAAGGCUUUUCCAGUUCAAGGGGAGCUGGUUCGAGCGGGAAGAUGUUAAAGUCUCCUGACAAAGAAAAGAAACAAGAAACAUCCAUCAGUGGAAUAACAGACUGGAGAGAGUUCAACUGUAAAACAUGGCAACUAGAACCUACACUCAGAUUGUUAUCAUGGGGUGGCAAAAAGAUAGACCCUGUUGGAGUUGACUACAUUCUACAGAAACUUGGAUUCUCGCAUGCUCGCGUCACUAUACCCAAAUGGAUACAGAGAGGUGCAAUGGACCCUAUGGAUAAAAUACUAUCUCUGCUAGCCAAGCAUGUGAUUGCCAUAAUGAGUGAAGAAGACAAACACAAGGAAGAGGAUACUUUGCCUUGAGGUGCCAUAUUGUUUUAUGUAAACAAGCCAGUGUAGUGUUGCCAGCGUUUUUCAGUGGUGAUAAUAAUCACCUUAGCUGGAAGGAUGCUCUGUCUUCUUAAUCUUAUUGAGACCAAUACCUUUUAAACAGCCGCAUUGUAAGGGUUUAAAUUGAAACCAUGAAGAGGGGC